GUGUCAACGCUACAUUCAUAAAAUAAAUCCAUGCUACUCUGCAUUCACUAUGUACCUUUGUAACUUAACAAUAUUCAUGAUACUCCCGAAGAAGCAAAGGGCUUAGUCGAGCAUACUCAAUCGCCUUCCUGAUAUUUUUAUCAUAAUUGUAUAUAAAGUGAUAUGAAGGACUUUCAUAGUAGGACAUACCUCAUAUACCCGUGUCCUUUCGCCGAUUGUACACCCUAGAGUCUAAGAAUCAUGCUGGCAGAAAACAAAGUUAUCUAAGGCCAAAAUCAUCUGCCCUCGCCCCGAACAACUAAAAUAAAAAAUGGUGUCCCUACCACAAUAUAUUUUUUUUACGCCUGAAUUGAGAGCUGGUUAUUGUAAUUUGUAUUUGUAAAUUCUUCCAAAAAGAAAAGAUUUUUUGCUUACCAAUCUGUUUACAUUUUCAAUAUAGAUUCAGACUUGGGCAAGUAAAAUUAUCUUUCGUUUUAAAUGUGACUCUACAUAUUUACACGUUAAACUGCGCUCGGCGUGUUCUGGUCCAAGUUGUUCAAUUAUCUUCAUAAACAAACAUCGAUGAAGAAAUUUAAAGAAGCUGCACAGAUUUAUCCGCCCCAUAGACCUACUUCUUCUAUAGUAAAUUUCUCCGUCCUCGUCGAGUGCCCCGUUACUUAACCUGCGCGCACGCAUUUAUUAAGUUAUUUCCCGCUCCAUAAUGUAUUCUCUUACCUGCCCUUCGUUAAUUCCCUGUGAUAAUUACAUUAUUGAGGGGAAAGUUUGUUUAUUGCUAAUAUUAAAAUGUAAAUAUGCAUUCAGAAAUUGAAUAGUAUGAUUAAUUUAAUCAUCUUAUCAUGACAUGACACGCCGAAGGAAUGCUCCCGUACAAUGUCAUGAAUAAUUCAUUCUCCUUUUAUCUGGUAUAUAUAAGCUGAGGGUGGCUAUGUCUUGUGUAGAAUCAGUUUGUCAGAGUUCAAGUUUGCUUACAUACGUCCAAAAAACCUGUCUAUGAAAAUGGUAAGCAGAUUUAUUCUCAUUUUACGCAAUGUAACUUUUUUUUCAGAACGAAAAAAAAAAAUUCUAUACAAUUUUUUUUAAAAACAAAAAUGAAACGUUUUAAAUAUAUCGAUUUAAAAUCAUAGAUCUGAUCCGUGAACAUUGACUUACAUGUCACUUUUCGUGUGAUCACGUGAUAAUGAUGUCAUUGUGGCGCAGACUUUGCAUUCAUAUUAUAAUCAUAUUGUCCUGCUUUAUUUCAGGAUUAUGUCAAGUAUCUUGCUCUGCUCCUUGUCUUACUCUCUGCUUCCAUGGUUACCAUGGCAGAUGACAGUAGUGAGGAGAAUGAUGAAAACGAGGCUGAGGAGGAACAGGAAGACGCAGUCGAAGCCAACACAAAUGACAUCAUGACAGCGCCAUCUGUCAACUCAGCAGGGACACAAAAUGUCGGAUCCAAGGGGGUGAUCAUUCCGUAUGGCAAUGUACAAAAACCGAGCUCAACCUCCAAGUCUGUCGUAAAAGCAAAAGCAGUCAUUUCCAAAAUCACAAAGAAAAUUAAUCGGGUUGUGGGACUCCAUCGCCAACGGUUCUCAUUUUACAGAUGUCAGACUUCCUGUCUAGUUGGCGCUAUAUCCUGCAUGAAUACUUGCCGUACUAAAGGAGCGUAUACCUUUUACCGAGAACAGUACAUGGUCUGCGGACGCAAAUGUCGAUUCAACCAGUACUGGUGUAAAAAGGUGUGCAAGGAUGACCUCAGCAGGACCCGGGCAGAACAGAUGAGGCGACUUAGAUCAUAAAAAGUUAAUCUCAAAGUACUACCUCGGCUUCAACAAUCAAAUCAAUAGGAUUUGCUCGUGAGACGGUUGUCCCAGACUCAAUCUAGGACAUGAUAAAUGGCCACAAACUGAUAUAACAUAAUGACAUUCUCUAACAGAACAGUAUUCGUGUAGGCCAAUAUAAGUAUAUUUUUCAUCCAGCAGUUGUUCCAGAUGUCGGGUGUGAAUAACGUGAUCAGCGGUUGGACGAUACAGUCUUGUCUGUGACCAAUGAAAUCGUUUGUAACAAUACCAGUGUCUUUUGUGUGAAAUCCAUGUAGCUCUUUGUAUACUUAUCGUGUUGUUUUACAUGUAUUUAUUAUUUAUUGAACAAUUAAACCGGUU